AUGGGAAAGUCCAAGUUUCCCGGCAAACCGUCGCGUUUGGUGAACAAAAAGCGCGUCUCGGUCCUGUCGCCAGCCGGACUCACGUUGAGCGAUGAGGACAAUCAGGAGAACGGGCAAGGACAGCAGCAGCAGCAGCAGCAGCAACAACAGCAACAGCAAGUACUCAGCGCAUCAGCUGCUGCGGCCGCUUCGGUGCCACCUUCCUCACCAUCGUCGUCCGCCUCCGCGGUGGCCCUUCGAGCGAGUGAAAAAGGCUCCUUUGCCCAACGCAAAGAGCAGCUCGCAUCGACGGGCACGAAGGCACCGAAGGGAUCACCGGCCAAUGGGUGCUCCACCGCAUCCACCGGCACAUUGCCUGCCGUCUCGCUAGACAGCACGAAUGGAGCUGCAAGACGGAACGGAGGCGAUCGAAGCGCUGAUAAACACGAAGCAGCAGUAUCAAAGGAUGGCGCCAGCGAAAGUGAACCCGUAAGCGAGGGCGAUGAUGCCCACAACGACGAGAAUGAUGACGACGAGGAGGAAGACGAAGACGAAGAAGAGGAAGAUGACGAUGAGGAUGAUGAAGAGGAGGAAGACGAUGACGACGAGGAAGAGGAGGAGGACGACGAAGAGGACGAUAGUGAGGAGCAAGAGCUGCAGCACGGUGUAGCGGGUGAAAAGGAAGACUCGACCACAACGACCGACGAUUCCACAACACCGUCAGCAACGGCGGCAGCAACAGCAACACCAGCAACGUCGGCGUCCUCCACCGUAUCAUCGAUGGCGGCAACCACAGCCAACCACACGGGCACCAUUAGUGGCGCGAGUGAGGUUAGGUCACUCGCCGGAAAUGGCCAGCAACAUUCGCCACAGUACCAGGCGAUGCAAACGAAUGGUGGACGAAGCGAGAAGCCGCUCGCUGGUACCGGAAAUGGCUUCGAAAUGAAGCCAUCCACGCUAUCGUCGGCGUUGGCGCGACGAUGUCCUCCGGGAGUGGCAUCCGGUCGUGUCAGUCGGCAGCAGUCGCCGUCCUGCGAGUCAAGCAUGUCGUCCUCGGGAGGCAGUUCCCCCGGUAGCGAUAGCAGCGCGUCCAGUAAUCCUGGCUACAGCAGCACGGUGACAACCCGCACGCAGAAGGCCGAAGCUGCGGCAGAGCAAUCUGCAACCGGUGGUGACGGUUCCGGAAGCUUCGACUCCACGGGCAACGGGACGACACUAAUGGGCUUGAAACCGGCACAGGCAGGAGGCGCAGGACCGGUCUUUGCUGGCGUGGUGACACCGGUAAAGAAGAAAAGUGUCACGUUUCACACCACGCUCGAGUCGACGGACGAGAACAUCGUGAAGAAGGUGUACAACCCGGAUUCGGUUCCGCUGCCGUCGAUUAUCAAGAAGGAGUGCCUCGCCCGACCGAUCCGGCUGAAGAAGAGCUUCAACCGGAAGAUGAAGAAACGGCUCCAGCGGGCUGUGGCGGCGGCUGCGGCCGCGGCCGCAGCAAGUGCGGCUGCUUCGGCCGCUGCCAGUACUGGUGGUGUUGGCAAAUCGAUCGAAUGCCUCGUGCGACCGUCCCGGUUGACGGAAAUCGUGCUCAAAUCGAGCGGCAAAUGUUCGACCGGUGAUACCACGCGAGACAGCAGGAUCGGUGGUUCGGUCGGUGGGCUCGGGUUUGGCAUCAAAGCGAUGGCCGACCGGGCGCACGCUGCUUCCGGUUCCGGUUCCGGGGUGUCCUUCGGGACGCCGGACGAACCGAGCAGCAACCCGGUGGCGGCCGUCAUUACGGAGGGUGAGAUGCUGCGGAACCUCGAGAGCGGCGGCACGCAGUUUGGUGACAAGCGGUUCAUUCUCCCCAAGCGGAGCGUCCAUUCUAGUCGUGUAAUCAAACCGAACAAACGGUUCCUGGACGAGUUUGAGCUGGAGAUUAAGAAGAAAAACAAGAACCUCGCUGCGGCGGCUGCCGUGGCCGCUGCGGCUGCUGCCGCCGGUACGAACUCUAUAGCCGAUGCGGGUGUUUCAUCGGUUUCGAGCAUUUCACCCACGGCGGGACUGCUGGGUCACAGCAAUGGCUUGCUCGAAACGAAAGGCUCUACGACGGAAGGCGUCGAGAAUGAUGGCGCCACCGGUGAGGAAACGAAACGAAAGAAGGACAAGAAGAAAGCCGGGGACGAAACGACGGCGACGUCUGAUAAGUCAAGUCAUAGUAUAGCUCAACACACCAGCGACCAGCGGUCGGAGGGACUCCUAGCAGGAGACCGGUCACUUAUGAUGCCCAUCAGUAUUAACCCAUUCGCUAAGACAUCACUCUCGGACGGGCUGGGCCCGAAAGGUCCGGGUUCGAAGCUCGUCAAACCAUCACAACUCUCGCCGGCGACUGCAACUUCCCCGCUCGGUGCCGGGAGCACCACGACGAAUCUCUCAGCGGCCGCGUCGAUCUUCGGAAAAAGCAUCCUCCGGCAACCGCGACUUCAGUUCGCCACGUCCCUACUCAACAGCGGGAUCGGUGGCUCAACCGGCUUGAACGGUGCAUCCUCAUCAAGCAGUAUUACUUCGAGCAAUUCCAACUCCCAGCUAGCAGCAUCCUGCGCACCGGCAGCGAUGGUGGCCGGUUCUGCUGGAAAUUCGUCAUCGUCGAGCAACGGAGCGGUCUCGGAAGGACUUUUCACGAUGCACUUGAAGGCGAAGGCGAAGCUCGACUCAUCGAAACUCUUUUCCGCGGCACUAAGCGCCGGCGGAAGUCCUUCAGCAUCGGUACAGACCGGUGUCGGUAACUCUACGGGCACCCCUGGUGGGACACUCGGGUCGGCGUGCUGCAUUUGUGGCAUUCCGGUCAACUCGCGCUACUACGCCCAACCAACCAAGAAGUACGGUGUUAGUUGCUGUGACGUGUGCCGGAAGUUUAUCUCGAAAAUGGUGAAAAAACUGGCCGCGGGAAGCUCGUCCAACCCGAAUCAACCGGGCGCUGGUGCCGAAGUCACGAUGCUCAAGUGCAAAAACGAAGGAAAAUGUCUAAUCUCACCACCAUCGCAGAUGGCACGCCAGGAGAUCGUCAAAACGCGCCACAUUUUCAAAGAGCGCUGUCACGCGUGCUGGUUGCGCAAGUGUUUGGGCAGUUUCCAGCUGCAACCGGUGCUGAAGAUUCGCCUGGGACAAACACUCCCACUGACGAUGCGCACCUUCGAGCCGCUCGUUGGGGGACCGUGUGGAAACAACGGUUCACUGAAGAGGGAUCUUUCGUCGGAGGGAAAUCUCUUCACUACCAGCAUGGCAGAGCACGGUCCUGCAAAUGGUGCCAGCCGUAUCCUGUGGAACAGUGGAGAUAAAAAGCCAGGAUCGCUAACGGAUGGCUUUAACAAAUCGACCAACCCAUUCCUAGCGCUGCACACGAAUCCGCUGUCGCAGAACAACAACACCUUUGGCAGUGUGCCGCAGCUGAAGCUGACUCUUGGUGGCAGCGAACGGCCCAUCAUUAUGGCGUCCAGCCCCACCAGCAGUUCAUCCGGAGCGAGCUCCUCUGGCGGAAAGAGUCCGUUGGCUGGAAGUGAUGAUCUGUUUUCGGUCACUCCGGAACCUCGCAAAGAGAGCUACGCUACGAAGAGUGAAGAUAUCGGUCCUGCGAUAGUCGUCCCUACAGGAGCCGCUAAAAAGGACCUGAAAGAGGAGCUAGACAUCAGUCCCAUCAAACCUCCGCGCACAAGGAGUAAAUCGGAAGCGGCAGCAACUGGCACGAAUCUCCAACAGACGGAAGGAACUGCUGCAACUACGGCCAAUGCCGACAGCGCAGCGACAACCGUGCACGGAUCUUCUCAAUCGGUUGCGUCCGGAACAGCAACGACAGCGAAUGCCGGCACAAAUCAGGUGGCUCCGGACAAACGGCAACGAAUCGACCUCAAGGGACCCCGGGUGAAGCACGUCUGCCGUAGUGCCUCGAUCGUGCUCGGUCAACCACUGGCAACCUUCCCGGAUGAUGGUUCGAUGGGUUCACCGAGUGGCGGAGCGUUGGAAAAUAUCGAAACUCCGCCAAGCGACAGUGCGGCCGAACCGUCCGAGGAUCUUCCGCUGAUGGAUAGUGAGAGACGCGCGUCGAAAUCGAACGCGAAAUCCGACUGCAGUGACUGUAUCGAUCCAGCAGUGGCCCUGUCACCUCCUGCAACACCGGACGAUGACACUACCGAUGUCCGCGAAUCAUCGCCUUCCUUCGACCCAGAUACUAGCGGGUCGACAGAAAAGGAACUCGUUAUCGACGAGGACCACAUACCGGAAGGGGGCGAGCUGAAGGAAGAGAAGCUCGCAUGUACAAUGAAAUCAAGCGAUUCAAAAGCCCGCCUGUUCGAAACCGACACACGCUCUUUGGAACCACCCGCUAGCGCUGUUAAGGACGAACCUGCGAAGGUGUCACUUGCAACGGUGAAGAAACUGGAGGAAAUUGUGGAAAAGCCCACGACACGGAAGACCGCCAGCUCUUUCCGUCCACAGGCGGCAAAGCAGUUCGGAUCCGGUGGUAUGGGCAAAGGACCCUCCAACAUCAGCGGCCGGAAGCAGCAGCAGUCGCAGGUUUCCUCCUCGCUAGUGUCACUCGCUAAUCGAAACUUAGCGACGUCAGUCACGGCGGGCGCUGCCGGAACGAUGGGAAUUGGGUCGAAUGUCCGCGCGCUAAGCGAUGUCGCUAUGAUUUCGAUCGAUUUUUGGGAAAACUACGACCCCGCCGAGGUUAGUCGCACUGGCUUUGGGUUGAUCCUUUCGGAAACGAUGCCGGUUCGGGCGCUCUGCUUCCUGUGUGGAAGUGCGGGUCUCGAGAGUAUGCUGUUUUGUGUUUGCUGUUGCGAACCGUACCACCAGUAUUGCGUGAAGGACGAGUACAAUCUACGGUCGGGUACGGGCAGCGGACUGGACGAUACCGGAAAUUUGAGUCUGCUGGACGUCACUAUCGGUGCUUCACCUCAGCAGCAACAUCAGCAGCUGCUGGUGGGUCGCUUCAACUGGAUGUGUCCCCGAUGCACGGUUUGUUACAGCUGCAACAUGGCCACGGGCGCCAAGGUUAAGUGUCAGAAGUGUGCCAAGCACUACCAUACGACUUGUCUGGGAACGAGCAAACGGUUACACGGUGCCGAUCGGCCACUGAUUUGCGCAGCUUGCUUGCGUUGUAAGAGCUGUGGUACGACGAACGUUACAAAGUUUAUCGGUAACCUGCCCAUGUGUACACCGUGUUUCCGGUUGCGCCAGAAGGGUAACUACUGCCCGCUGUGCCAGAAGUGUUACGAGGACAAUGAUUUCGACCUGAAGAUGAUGGAAUGUGGCGAUUGUCAUCGGUGGGUACACGCACGCUGCGAAGGCCUGACGGAUGAGCAGUACAACAUGCUUAGCGUGUUACCAGAAAACAUCGAAUUCAUCUGCAAGAAGUGUAGCAAGCACGGUGACAGCACUGCAAAUUUGUGGCGUGACGCGGUAGCGGCCGAGUUUAAGGCGGGACUGCUGAGCGUAGUUAAGCUGCUGAGCAAGAGUCGACAGGCAUGCGCUUUGCUGAAGCUUAGUCCCCGGAAGAAAUCACUGAAUUGCACGUGUGGUGCUAUUUCCAGCACGAUAACGAACGCGAAGAACAUCUCUUUCUUCUCCGGGGCUCUCACAGGAGGAUCCGGAAUGAAUCGUGACGGAGAUGCCACGAACACGCCUAGUUACGGAUUGUCGAAAAAGCCUAAACUGGACGAAGAUUCGAUCUACGACUUCAGCAGCGAAAACAGCUGUGGCAGCAGCAGCGGCACUAGCAACGCAGGUGCUGGUUAUGCCGUUGUGCCGGUAGCACCGAGUAACGGCAGUAACUUCAGCAAAUGCUUCUGCUCUGUGCGGUUACCAUCGAGCAAGGGCACACCCGGCAACUGUGGAGACAUCAGUCUGGUCGACAUCAAGCAGAAGAUCAACGCAAACGAGUACUACUCGCUGCAAGACUUCCAUUACGACAUGAACACUUUGCUGCUAGCGGUCGGUUCCGAGGAUCUUACGGUGGCGUAUAAAGAGUUCCUAAGCGAAACGUUCCCGUGGUUCCAGAACGAAACCAAGGCCUGCACCGACGCACUUGAGGAGGCCAUGUGCGGUGAAGUCGAGCAGUCGAUCGGUCACGACCGGUAUCACAUGUCCACGGGAGUGGCUGGUGGUUUGGGAGGUCGAAGUGGAGCUCACACUGCAACAGGUAGCCCAUCUCACCAUUCCAUGGCCACCCUAGGAUCUGCACUUGACCAGAAGGUGCCCCAAGUCGAUAUCCCUCUCGACGAGUUGACGGAUUACUUCUACGCGACUGACGAAGAACCGCAGGACACACGCAACUGCAUGCUGUGUAAGCAGCAAGGAGAAGGCAUGCCUCUGCACGAGUCUCGUCUGCUCUACUGCGGUCAGAACAACUGGGUACACACGAACUGCGCCCUCUGGUCGGCGGAGGUGUUCGAAGAGAUUGACGGGUCGCUACAGAACGUGCACUCGGCUGCAUCGCGUGGUCGGCUCAUUAAGUGUUGCCACUGUGGCGUAAAGGGUGCAACCGUUGGGUGUAACGUGAAAAACUGCGGUGAACAUUACCACUUUCCCUGCGCAAGACGAAUCGGGUGUGUGUUCAUGCUAGACAAGACCGUGUACUGUGCAGCUCACGCGGGCGAGGCCAAGAAAAAGCGUUGUCCAGAGGAGCGCAAUUUCGAGAUCGCACGUUCGGUGUACGUGGAGCUGGACCGGAGGAAGAAGCGGUACGUAGAACCAGGUCGCGUGCAGUUUAUGAUUGGUUCACUGAACGUGCGCCGAUUGGGUCAUGUGGUGCCGACGUUUAGUGACCACGCGGACGUGCUCGUUCCGGCCGACUUCGAGUGCACCCGGCUCUACUGGUCCGCCAAGGAACCAUGGAAGAUCGUGUCUUAUCGCAUCAAAACGUCGAUCCAGAGCACCAGCUACAGUCACGGAACCGAUCUGGGCAAAAAUUUUACCGUUGACCACUCGUCGAACAACGGCUCCGUCCAGUGGGGUCUCUCGCAGAUCGCUCGUUGGCACACCAGUUUGCAGUAUUGCGAAGGUGACGAAAACGUGAUGGAGAACCCGCUAGAUGACGAAUCCCUACACCAGCACCUGAUGUCCACGUUAUCGGCUACAGCCACGACGAUGACGACAACCACUGCUGCGGCUCAGCUAUCCGCAUCCUGCUCGUCGCAGAGAGAACGUGUAGGUCCGAAACAACAGCAGCCUCUGCAGCACCACCAGCAACUUCCGGCGCUGUGUGAAACGAACCCCGUUUGCAAUACCGGUGACGAUACGAACGAUGAAGAACCUCAGAACACGAACGAUCUCUUGCCACCGGAAAUCAAGGACGCCAUAUUCGAGGAUCUUCCGCACGACAUUCUGGAUGGUAUCUCCAUGUUGGACAUCCUGCCGAAGCUGAUGACGUACGAAGAUUUGCUGGCGUUGGAUCUGAAGAACGAUGCGAGCUUCUCCAUUGAUCUGCUGAAGGAUACGGGCAUAGUGCAAGCGCAAGGCAACGUAGGCGGAUCUUCUUCGUCCACUACCGGACCGACAAGCAUUGGAAGCGUUAUUAAACCGGACGAACAACACACCGGGAUGGAUGUAGAUGACAUGGAGACUUGUAUGCAGGAUGCUAUUGGCGUGACGGUUAGCUCGGAAUUAAGUAACGACGGUUGGGCAAAGACGGCCGGCACUGCCGGAAUAGAGGAUGCACUUCUGUCUGGUCUAACGAAGCCUCUGGCACCGAAUGCCGCUACGAUCGUGCAGCAUCGCGAGCUGAAGCGAAGCAAGUCCGACAUUCUCGGAGUAAUCGCUGCUGCCGGGCAGCAGCAACCUCGUGGCCAGCGGUCGGGCAGCUUCUCCUGGAGUACGAAGCAGUUUGAGUCAACUGCAGCCGUCGUGGCGAAGCGUCGCAAGAUCGGGAAAAACAACAUCAAACUCUCGGACGUGCUUGGACGGAUCAAAGAGGACUCCAUCGGAGGUAGUACGGCAGUCACAACAGCAACAACGACAGUGACAACGAUGGCAACUACGACCGCGACGACGACCGUGGUUGUGCAGGAACGCCACAAGUCCUUGCAAGGUGACGAGCUCACCUGGGCGUCGAUGAAGAAAUCGACCGCUAGGGUGGACGAAUCUUCCGAAAAUGGUGGCAGUGUGUUUGAGAAGCUGAAAAUCUCGCAGCUGGAUGGCGUAGAUGACAUCUGUCUCGAUGGUACGGUGGGUGAAAUGAAGAUCUACUCCUCCCGCUCCAUGAUCGAGGCACCGGUGAAGUGCGAUCGUUGUCAAGCGACGUACCGCAAUCAGGAAUCCUACCAACGUCACCUCAGUUCCUGUGAGGUGCUGUCCACUAGCGAAUCGGAGUCGGAAACCCGCUCCCCACGACUACUCAGUCCCGAACAGCAACAACAGCAGCAGCAACAACAACAACAACAACAGCAACAACAAAUUAUUACUGGACAGAUCGCCGGCACUGCUGGUAACACUUUCAUCCUUCCACAAGCCACGUCGCAACCGCAAACGAUAACCACCGAUAUCUACGGAAACACGACGGGCUACCUUACCGGUCCGACGCAGGCCACCGGUCAUCCGCAGACUAUUUCCGUGUUGCAAACCGGACAAACGAUCAACCUGAACGGCAACCAAGCGAUCCUCUCAAACCUUCCAACGUCGAUGCCGAUCACGAUCAAUCAGCUAUCGUCUGGUGGCAUUCCCAUUCAGACAUCGGCCACGGGAGCUCAGCAAAUUCCACUGCAGGGAACGCUUCAGGCCGGUUCCGUAGGGCUGCAAAACUUGGGAGGAAACAUGAUCAUUUCCACUCCCACGGGUCAAGGACAGAUCUUUGCGACGACGAAUCAAUUUUCGAAUGCCGCUUUCCAACCACAGGCUCAGCAGCAACAGCAACCGCAGCAGCAGCACGUGUUGCAGGACAACAGCGGGCAGCAGUACGUGCAGAAUAAGCAGCGCUUUAUUCAACCCGCACCUACCGCGUCAUCGAUCACGCUGCCUCACAGUCUCGGUUCCGGCACGGCCCCAUUAACAACGACCACACUCAGCACAGCCCAGGCGCUUGGAGGUGUGUUUUCGCACCAACAACCGCAGAUCAUCUCGAUUGGUCCGAACGGACAGCCACAGCUGAUGACGAUUGCAACGCCCCAACAGCAGCAGACGAUCCUGCAAGGUGGUGGUACCCAGACGAUGGCAAUACCACAGACUGCGAAGAAAAUCGUCUAUACAACAGCUUCGCCCAAGAAGCAUCAGGUUGUCACGAAGCUUACACAUCAACCGCAACAGCAAACUCAACAAGGUGGUCUCAAGUCGAAGCGAACGAUCACAACAAACGGCAUCUCGAAGCCAGGCAUGCAGAUCAAAACGAAACAACCGCAUCAACAUGCCGAGCAAACGAUGACGAUCCAUCCAACAACGACCAUGAUAGGAGGCCAACCAGCCACACAAAUGCAGGCAACGCUGACUACACCCCAGCCACAACAGCAGCAGCAGCAGAUACAGCUGAUCAACACGUCGUAUCCACUGAUACGAUCGGCAACAGCACCGACGGCACCGCAGCAGGCACCCGGGAAUAUCAUCUUCCAAACGCAAUCACCCGCUAACCAGCCGAUUCUGGUCCAGCAGGUCGGUGGUAACCAGAUCUCGUACCUCACAGAUCAGGGUGCCCUGGCCACGACUCACAGUCCGCUGCAGUACCAGCUGGCACCGGCGAAUGUACUCACGCAAAACGGAUUUGCCAUGGCAACGACUGGAGCGGACGCUGGAACACUAGCAGCUGCUACGACCAACAACAUUCUCAUCCCGAACGGUGCCGGAGGAUACUCGCUCAUUCCGGCCGGAGCGUUACAGAUCGCCACCCAACCCCAGGUGAUCGGUACGAUCGUGCAACCGCAGGCGGCUACCAUCCAGUGUGGCAUGAUGGCCACGGAACAGAUGGUGUUGGGUGCUACGGCGGCCAGUGCUGCCACCGCUCAACCGACGCUCGAGAUGAUGGUCACGGAUCCGGCAUCGGGUUGCAUGUACCUUACCAGCCCAUCGAUGUACUACGGUCUGGAGACUAUCGUGCAGAACACGGUCAUGUCCUCGCAGCAGUUCGUGUCUGCGACAGCGAUGCAGGGCGUUUUGAGCCAGAACUCCAGCUUCUCCGCCACCACGACGCAAGUGUUUGCGGCCAGCAAAAUCGAGCCAAUCGUUGAAAUGCCCACCGGAUAUGUGGUGCUGAACAACGACGGAAGCGGACAACCGAUGCAGAUCGGCAACUCGGCGGCAAACGGCACGAAUGUCGUCUCGCAAACGUCCACACCGGUUCAGAUCCAAACGCCAACAAGUAUCGGAACCGCCGGCGGCCAGAGCGUAUUCCAGCAGGCCCAACUUCAGCCAACCGCAGUUGUUUCCUCCUCGACAGGAACUCCACUCCCAAGCACAAUUUCGACGGCACAUCAAUCGAUCGCUUCGCUGCAACAGCAGCAGCCACAACAGCAACAACUCUGGAAGAUCGCGACAUCUUCCCCGUCCACGAUCAGCAUCCAACCGAGCACAAGCGGAACGUCGACGAGCUCAUCGAACACCGCCACGUCGAUUGUAACGCCGUUGAAACCGUCGAUGAAAACCAUCAUCCCGAAGGCGCAACCCCAGCUGGUGAACAAAGUGAUGCCCAACACGGCCAUGAAGGUCCUCAACACCGGCACGGACCAGUUGACGAACAACGCCGGUGUGAUGUCGGCUGGCCAACACCUAAAAUCAUCUACCGUCAGUAUGCAAUCGAUGGUGUCCUCGUCGGUCUACACGACGGCCACGGCCAUUACGACGUCCACGAAGGUUUCAAACGUGAUCAAACCGAUCACCAAAACGACAAACUACAGCAAGCCGAAGAUUGUGGCAAAACCCGUGAAGCAGAAGGUACCAUCCUCGCUGCUUUCACCUCCAUCGUCUACACCACCACCGACGUCGAACUAUUUGCUAUCGCAGCCGCAGUCGCAACCGUUGAUGAUUUCAACUGGACCGCUAACAGCACAACCGAUACAGCAGCAACAGCCACAACUGCAGCUUCAGAACAGCAUCACGCUAGUUCCGGCCAGCGGUACCAAUGUACCGAUCAAUCAGCCCGCACAGCUGGUACCGAUCAAACCAAGUGUUAAUGCGGGCAGCAUACAAACGAUCGCCGGCAACCAGCUUACCGUGAGUGCGAUCAAGCAACCACCGAUCGUGGUGGAGAAGCUCGCCCAGCCAUCUCAGCAACUGCAGGCACCGGUGACAUCUGUCGCUUCCGGCGCGACAACUCUAAACAAUGGCAUCGGUCUCAGCAACGGCCAAAUGAUGAUCCUUCAGGCGAACAGUGCACCUCUCAAGAAGCCGGUUCAGAUGACGGCACAGACGGCGUUGAAAAAGCCGAAACCAAUCGGCUCGCUCGGACACAACCAACCACAACUGAUCAGCUACACCACGUCGCAAGGACAGCAACAAUUGCAACUUCCGCAGCAACAACAACAGAUUGUGACACAGCCACAAAACCAGCAGCAAGCGUACCCACCGCUGCUGAACGUUGCAUCAUCACAACAGCAGUUGACGGGUCUUUCUCAGCCACAGCAACAACUGCUGCCAUCGCAACCGAUUGGCAUGCCGCAAGGAAAGGGUUCGUUGACGAAAAAACCAUCGAACACGGGACAAAUCUCACUGUCGCUGGCGAACGGUGGUACACCCAACUGUAGUAUCAGUGGAGGACCAGCACCUGUGUCGAUGCCGGCAUCCACAAUCACGAUCACACCGUCCCAACCGGCCAGCAUAACGCUCCCGACAGCUCCGUACCCGAUGCCACUGUACUCUAACAUUCCCACCAACGUGGUGAAUCCGAUACAGCAGCAAUCCAACCCGAGCACGAUAUCGACGACUGGUGUUAACAACUCAUCCACGGUUCAGAACCGCCCAACUAACCGCGUGCUCCCGAUGCAGGCAUCCGUACUGCAGCAGAAGAACACCGAGGAGUCACAGACACCAACUCCACCACCGUUAAAGAUGCUCCAGCAGCAGUGUUCGGAAAAGCUGGACGAGUUCUCGAUCAUACCAAGCCACCAGGUGGCUUCCCCGUUCGGAGUAUCCACACCGAGCUCAUCACCGAACGACGUAGACAGGAUGAUGAAGAUGCCGCCUAGUGAGAAACUUCUCUCGCCAGACAAGGGCACCGAUCGUCUCGAGAUCGAGAUCAAGCCCAUCGAAAUAACACCCCUCACGUCGGCCAUGAUGACGCCGACCACAACGAAUGGAAGCUGCACACCAUCGCCACUUCCGGCGCCGACACUACCGCAUGCAUCCCCACCGGCGCAGUCUCCGAUGAUGAUGGAGGUUGAUCACCAUCAGCUCCAGCCAGCUCAGCAGCAGAUGACGGCUCCGAGCUACCAGUUCAGCUUGAGCUUCGACGGCAACGGAACACUCAUCCCGCUCGGAAGCGGUCCGCUCGAUGUGCAGCAGAACUCGUCGAUGGCGGCGAUGGCAGCACAGAUCGAGAUCAAGCCCAUCCUUCCGUCGGCGACCGGUGAGAAUGGUGAGAUGCGGUCACUGUCCCGCGACAGCAUCGAGUCGGCCGAACGGGAUGCGGAAACCCAGCGUAUCGAUGAGCUGAAGCAUUCGCUCGAGGCGGAAACGCAGGAAAUGUUGGCCGAGGGACACGAGAUGACGAUGUGUGGGGACAGCGCAACGGGAAGUAGUGGAGCCGCCUCGCCCAGCCUGAACGAUGGUGAAUCGGAUUCGCCGGAAAUAAAGGAUAAAAUUUCCGAAAUCCUCGAUAAUCUCGAGCAGCAGACAAAUCAGGAUGCGGAUAUGGACGGUACCGGUGAGAUGAGGAUUGACGCGUACGAGGAGCUGCACCAAGCGGCUAAGGACAUCGUCACGGAACAACAGCACAAUCAUCAUCACCAGCAUCAUCGUGUGCUCGAAACCGUAAGCGACUGUGCGGCCGAAACCGAGCGGCUUGUGGCGGAAUUGCGUGAGGAGUUCCACUCCGCAGCGUCAUCUCCGUCGCUCGGAACCACUGCGUCCACGAUUCCGAUGAUGGUGCAGGCUCAGGAUUCACAAAGUCUCGCCAACCAGCGAUCGCUCCUGGCGAUGUCGGACUCCAUGUUCGACGCGAAAAAGCAAGAGGAAAUCCCACGGAACAUCUGUUUCGCGGACACCAAUCGAUCGAACUACUCCAGCACCUCGAAUGGGCUGGACAUUGACAACGCCCUGCUGCAGGAUGGCGAUACGGAGAGUGUCCUCUUUGGCAAGAUUCGCCAACCCGAACCAUCGCCACUGUCACAGCCUUCACCUUCAUCGCACCAUCUCCACCAGCACCUGCAGCUGGACGAAGAGCUGCAGCAGUUCACCGCGCAACCAGUACCACUUUCACUCCCGAAAGCUCCACCGGUACCGCGCUCUACCAGCCCGAAGCUGCUGUACGAAAUCCAAUCGCAGGACGGAUUCACGUACAAGUCCACCUCGAUCACGGAGAUCUGGGACAAGCUGUUCGAGGCGGUACAGAUCGCACGUCGUGCCCACGGUCUCAACGCACUGCCCGAGGGUCAGCUGAAGGAGAUGGCCGGUGUGCAGAUGCUCGGACUGAAGACGAACGCCAUCCGGUAUCUGCUCGAGCAGCUGCCGGGUGUUGAGAAGUGCACGCAGUACAGCCCACUGUACCACAAGAAGCAACCCGGUUCGGGUGGUCCCGGUGCCGGAGGAAUGGCCGGUGGCAACGGAAUCGGUGCGAAUGGUGGACCCUUUUGUUCGCUCGGUGCGUCCGGAUAUCCGGACUACUUCGAGGAUCUGCAGGAGAACGCGUACGGUACGGCACGUUGCGAACCGUACAGUUCGCGCUCCGAGUACGACAUGUUCAGUUGGUUGGCGUCGCGGCAUCGCAAACAACCGAUGCCGAUCGUUGCUCAAAACAUCGACGACACGAUCAUUCCACGCCGAGGCAGUGGCAGCAACCUUCCCAUGGCAAUGCGUUACCGUACGCUGAAGGAAUCGUCCAAGGAAUCAGUCGGCGUGUAUCGAUCACACAUUCACGGCCGUGGAUUGUUCUGCAACCGCGACAUCGAAGCAGGUGAAAUGGUUAUCGAGUACGCUGGUGAGCUGAUCCGCUCGACACUGACGGACAAGCGCGAACGGUACUACGACAGCCGCGGUAUCGGUUGCUACAUGUUCAAGAUUGAUGAGAACUUUGUCGUCGACGCGACGAUGCGUGGUAACGCGGCCCGAUUCAUCAAUCACUCGUGUGAGCCCAACUGCUACUCAAAGGUCGUCGAUAUUCUUGGCCACAAGCACAUCAUCAUCUUCGCCCUGCGGCGUAUCGUCCAAGGCGAAGAGCUGACCUACGACUACAAGUUCCCGUUCGAGGACGUAAAAAUUCCGUGCUCGUGCGGCUCGAAGAAAUGCCGCAAGUACCUCAACUAA